CGGAUUUUUCUAGCUGAAAUACCUGGAAUUUCUCACUAACACUACGGCUCCCGUACAUAUACAUUAAGAACUAUAGUUGCGGAGUGCAUAAAGCAAUAUUAAUUGCGCAGUUUGCCUCUACCUUGCACCGUUGUGGACGCUCAUCAGUCCGUGAAUAAAAUUUACAUUUUUAAGUGAUUUUACGGUGUUUUUUAUUAAAAAUGAGUGCGUUAAUGCAACAAGAGUCGAUCGUGAAGGAGAGCCUCUUUCGAUUUAUCAUGAAUAACAUCCCUACAGCGAAUUUGACGCAAAUUGAUGACAUCGUGCUCUCCUAUGUGAUCUCUAUCCUUGAAGAGUCCUCUCAGGAUUCGGUCUUCGAUGUAGACGGGUUUAUUGAGAUGAUGACAGGCUACGUCCCUGAGUUCGGACGCCUGGAUGCCGGUCAGGUCAGCUCCUGGGUGUUCCAACUUGAAGAGGAGUUACGACGGGAUAGUGAGGACUCCUCAUCUAACCACGAUGAAUCUGCAGAGAGCGACAAGAUCAGCCUCACUCUCCAGAACCUGAGUGAAAUGUUGCCAUCAAUUACUAAGAACAACCGUUCUCACUCCAACUCGGAGAGCUCGGAGGGCACUGAAUCUACUCAACGGCGUUCUCUCCUCGAAGGAGACGAGUACUCCGAGCAAUGCCGCGCUCUGCAUGAGAUGUUCCCCAAUACAGCACCGAUGGAGAUCAAACACUGCGUGUCUAUAGCUCAUGGCGACAUCGAGCGCGCGGCCGCUACGCUCCUCCACCGCCGCGAGCAAGGCCAAGCUCUGUCCGCCUCGGCUCUGACUGCUGCCAAAGCACAGCCGCUCUGCAAUGACGACGAGCUGAAGAACCGGAUUAUUGCUCGCUAUUCGUAUGUUGACAAGAACUCUGACAUGAAGGAGCAUAAGCCGCUCGCUCCAAAGAUCGAACCGAAGAAACUGGUCCGCUACCGCGACAACAAGAUUGUAUCGCUCAAAGGUGAGCGGUACACUGAGGUACCGAAGUCCGGAGUCGAUGAGGAGAACUUAAAAAAGCCGAAGAAAUCCCAUUGCCCUUAACCAUUAAAUCCUUUUCAGUACGGUGAAAAAGCGGACGCGCGUCCCGCACCUUCCUCAAUAGAUGUUGUGUCUCCUCACGCACGCCCAAGAAUUAGUAUAAUUACUUGCGUAUUUAUGACUUUAAUGAGCGCUCUCACGACUUUCAUGCGUCAGCUUUCAACUUGGAAAUGUCAAUUUUUGACUUACAGGUAUGAAGUUAUGACACGCAAAUAUGAACUUUCUAGUUAUGAAUUAUCAUGUAAUA